UUCAUGUGGCUGAGGUCAAAGGUGAUCUUACUAAGCCAGGAUCUAGGAGGAGAGGAACUGUACAAGUUUAUAAGUAUAUCUAGCUCUGUACUGGGACACUGACAGUGAAGUCAUGGACUCUACAUGGGUGGAAGAGAUGGUAGCCUUUGCCACUGAGCAUCUCGUUGCCAUAGUGUCUACCUCGGUGGCUGUUUCCCUGGCUCUAAUUUUCUUUUGUGUGUGCCCAAGGAAGUCCAAAGAACCAAGGGAGGCCGCCCCGGUAAUGGGGGAGGAAACGUUGCCGAGGGUACCGUCUGGACGAUUGAGAAAGAGAGAUUUGGUCCGACACUAUUCACGACGAAUCUUUAACAAGGCUGGUGAAUUCAGGAGGAAGCCAAGAGAGAGAGUUAUCAACAUAGCCAAGCGGUUUCUGCAAGGCCCAGAGAUACCUGAGAGACAGCUGUACAGAGAACCACCAGACGCCUUUCUAGAGGCUGACCACUUGGAAGGAGGUGAUCCCAACGUUCCUUCAGAGGUCCUCUACCUGCUCAAGAGCGUAAGAGCAUUCGGCCAUUUUGAGAAGCCUCUCUUCAUUGAGCUGUGCAAACAUGUCGAGACAAAAUUCGUGCCCGCUGGUGCCAUUCUGUUCCGGCCUGGACAAAUUGACGACUCUAUCUACGUAGUCAAAAAUGGCCGCCUAAAGGUGUACAUCAUGGAGGCUGAUGGCUCAGAGCUUCCCCUGAAGGAGGCUGGUACUGGGGACAGUGUACACUCCAUGUUGAGUAUCUUGGAUGCUGUUAUUGGCCACCCAAAGACAUUCAAAACAGUGGCUGCCAAAGCCAUCAGAGACACCUAUGUGCUGCAAGUGAGGUCCAAAGCUUUUGAAGCAUUCUUCAAGGACAAUCCCGACUCCCUGCUGAGGAUGGUGCAGAUUGUCAUGCUCAGACUGCAGAGGGUCACCUUCCUAGCACUCAACCACUUCCUAGGCCUGGGCAGGGAGCUACUCAACCAGAAACCGUCCUUGAUUGGUGAGUACAGUGUCAAGCAGCUUCCUCGCAGGUUUAACCAUCACAGAGGAGCACACGCCAGCCCUCAUGGCUUUAAAGAGCCGUCCUUCCGUACUGUCUCACAGACCUCCCUCGAUUCGGACUCUGACACCGAGCCAAGCAGACCACCCCCCCUAGCGGCCAGCCAACUAAAGCCCCUCCUCAAGUCCACUCUUACUUCAGAGGCUGCAAAGAGCACUGAUUCGGAGGUUGACGAUAUGGUGCCAGGCAAGGGAGGUAAGUCUAAGAAGACCGUGGCCAUUGAUACAUCACAGAAUGAGCACUUUUCUCAUCGGCUGAUUCCAGUGAGGUCACCAGAGUUCGACAAUGUUAUAGACCAGGCUCGAGUUGAUCGUCAGCGCUUCUCUUCCGAAGGGAUUUACCCCUCAGAUGGUGGGGGUGGGGUCCUCCACCAGUCUCAAGGCGACCAAUCACCUGUCUCUGAGGGUGGGGAGGGGAGUAGGAACAGCUCCCUGAAGAGAGGCCUCACUCCUGGGCUCAAGUUCUCCCACUUUGCCUCCAUUGAGAGUGCUGAAGUGUUGAGGGCAGCCACUGAAGACUUGGUCAGGAUAUUCCAGUUGCAGGAUGAGUCGCUAUUGAAGAGUCGUAUCCAACUGAUUGAGGUGCCAUGUGACUCCCUACUGGGGCUGGAGGGAGAUCUGGAGAGUUGCGUCUACUUCAUUGCCACUGGACGCCUCAAGGUCUACAGACCUCUGACCAGCUAUGACAACGACAGACAAGAUCAGGACCUGCUCUAUAUGGCGUGUCCUGGUGAGUUCUGUGGAGUGCUCUCUGCCCUGACAGGGGAGCCAUCGUUCAUCACUAUUAAAGCUGCUACUGACUCACAUCUCAUUGCCAUCACCAAGACCAACCUCUAUCACAUAAUGUCAGAACAACCUCUGGCCAUCUGUGGGUUGGCCUUUGACAUGGUCCAACGUCUCUCCCCUGCAUUGCGUCAGAUUGACUUUGCUCUGGACUGGAUGGAACUGGAGGCGGGCCGAGCUCUCUAUCGUCAAGGAGACGAAGCUAACGCAGCAUAUAUUAUCCUGAAUGGGCGUGUCCGGUCAGUAGUCAAGAAAAUAGACGGGAAAAAAGAACUAGCGGACGAAUUUGGACGAGGGGAGUCCAUUGGAAUGGUUGAGGUGAUGACUCAUUCCCCGUGUGCUACUACAGUGCAUGCAAUCAGAGACACUGAGUUGGCCUGUCUACCAGUGGGCCUGCUCAACACCAUCAAGCUCAAGCAUCCUCAGGUAGUGUCUCGACUGAUCCAGAUGCUGGGAGAGCGUAUUCUGGGCAGCUACCAUAAGCUAGCCUCUCCAGUGUCCAGCACCAGCCUAUCAGGUGACACAACAAAGAAGCACAUGGUGUCCAAUCGAUCCACGGUUGCCAUAGUUCCCAUUACCAGUGAUGUACCUCUCUCUGAGUUCACUCAGGAGCUCUGUGCCUCCAUCAAAUCUAUCGGUACAUGUUUGACAUUAACAAGCUCACUAAUCGAAGAAGAGUUAGGAAGUACAGCUUUUGAGAGUACACACGAGUACCGACUGAGGACUUGGUUGGGCCACCAGGAAGACAGUCACAGGAUUGUUCUCUACCACGCUGAUCCAGGUCUCUCUAAAUGGACAGCCAGAUGUAUCAGACAGGCUGACUGCAUUCUCCUGGUAGGACUAGCUCAUAAAACUCUCUUAGAAUCUACGGAAUCUAUGAGAAAGAUUGCAAAGCAAGUGGAGUCUAUUUCAGCCAGGGUGCAGAAAGAGCUUGUCCUACUUCACAGAAAAAAUGUCGGUCACCCAAGUGGCACUGUAAAGUGGCUGAAUGCUCUGGGAUGGCUCUCUGCUCACUUCCAUGUUCGAUGUCCAGACUAUUUCUUUGAACAGACGCACAUUAAGCUCAGUUGUCCUGAUAAGCACUCUGAUUUCUCUCGAUUGGCUAGACGCCUGACAGGAACAUCAGUUGGCCUCGUGUUAGGAGGGGGAGGGGCCAGGGGAAUCUCCCACAUAGGCACUCUGAAGGCCUUCACUGAAGCAGGGAUUCCCAUCGACAUGGUUGGGGGUACCAGUAUCGGUGCCUUUAUGGGAGCACUUUAUUGUGAGGAGAGAGACGCUGGGAAGGUAGAGAAGAGGUCACGACCUUGGGCUCACGGAAUGGCCAGAUACGUCGACAAGAUUUUUGACCUCACCUACCCUUCAACUAGUUAUUUCACAGGAAAGGCUUUCAAUAAUCUGAUCCAUAAAGUGUUUGGAGAGAAACAAAUUGAGGACUUGUGGAUUCCUUACUUCUGUAUUACCACUGACAUCACUGAGUCCAAGAUGAGAGUACACACUAGUGGUUCACUGUGGCGGUACGUUCGUGCCAGUAUGUCCCUGUCCGGAUUCCUACCUCCCCUCUGUGACCCCGUGGACGGACACCUCAUUCUGGACGGAGGUUACGUCAACAACCUCCCAGCUGAUGUAAUGGCUGACAUGGGAGCAGAGAAGAUCAUCGCUGUGGACGUAGGCUCUCAGGACAACAACAACCUCACUAACUAUGGAGACCACAUCUCAGGGUGGUACAUCCUCUGGAACAGGCUCAACCCAUUUGCCGAGAAGAUUAGGGUGCCCAACCUCACUGAGAUACAGUCACGCCUCGCGUAUGUGUCAUGCAUCAGACAGCUAGAGAGAGUGAAACAAGACGGGAUGUGCGAAUAUGUCAGACCACCUAUUGACGGGGUUUCUACGCUGCAGUUUGGAAGCUUUGACACUGUUAUGCCAUUGGGCUACCAACACUGCAAGCUGGUUGUGAGUGGAUGGCAGAAGUCCGAGGAGAUGCAGCAUCUCUUCUCAACACCUUCUGAUGAGGACUUUCAAAAGAAGAGAAGCGUGUCCCGUCAGUUUGAUAGCAAUGUUCAACGUUCAGAUUCCGUGCGCAACCUCGUGGCUUUGACCGCUCAAAUCCCUCGCUACAGCUAUCCUGAAGUAGACGAGAGUGAAGAUGUAGACGGUGGCGGCUAUUGGUCGAGUCCCGAGGAUCACGUGACCUACCUAGAGGGGCGUGGCAUGGAUGAGGACAGUCCCAAUACCGCGGAGCCAAAUUCAUCCCCAAAUGAAAUCCAAAGGACAGCCACCGCGACUGUGACAGCUUGGUCGGACUCAGAAAUUAUGUAGCUAGAUAUUCAUUGUAUUCCCCCUGCUUUGUGCAAAACAAACAUUGUGAAAACCUCAUAAAAGUAAAUUUUGCUUGUAAGUGGGCGUGACGGUCCUUUGGUAAAUGGUCACGCCCAUUGGAA